CCCCACAGCAGUGAGCUCUGAUUCCUGGAUAGUUCCGUCACUCCUGCGUGUCUCUCGGCUCGGUUCGGUUUCUCUCGCCUGGUCAUGAUGAUUAACUUUGCUCCAUUGAGCGUUCCUCUGAGGAGGCGGCUCCAGACGGCCGCCGUGCUGCAGUGGGUCUUCUCCUUCCUCGCUCUGGCUCCAUGCUGCAUCCUGCUCUUUAUCUACCUCCUGUUCACACGCUUCUGGUUGGUCAGUGUGCUCUAUGCUACCUGGUGGUUUGUGGAUUGGGACACGCCAUCUCACGGUGGGAGAAAAGUUCCCUUCAUGUGUAACCUCUCAAUGUGGAGAUACAUGAAGGACUAUUUCCCCAUUCAGCUGGUGAAGACAGUAGAUUUGGACCCUCGGCAGAACUACGUGAUGGGGUUCCACCCUCACGGUAUCCUGGUGGCCGGAGCCUUCACUAACUUCUGCACACAGGCUACAGGCUUCGAGCAGAUGUUCCCUGGCCUGAAGAGCUACCUGCUCAUGCUGCCCCUGUGGUUCAGAGCUCCUUUCUUCAGGGACUACAUCAUGUACGCAGGACUGGUCCCCUCUGAUAAAGACAGUGCGAGUUACCUGCUGCGUAGUGAAGUGGGCGGGAAUGCGGUGGUCAUUGCGGUGGGUGGUGCUGUGGAGGCUCUGGACUCUCAUCCAGGAACUCACAUUGUCCUGCUGGCCAAUAAAAAAGGCUUCAUCAAACUUGCAAUGGAGCAUGGUGCUAGUCUGGUUCCUGUGUACUCUUUUGGAGAGAACGAGGUGUUUGAUCAGGUCUCCAACCCCCAGGGGACCUGGUUACGGUGGACACAGGACCACCUGCAACGCCUCAUGGGUAUUUCACUUCCUCUGUUCCAUGCUCGAGGGAUUUUUCAGUACAGCUUUGGCCUCAUGCCCUACAGGAAGCCCAUCAACACCGUGGUUGGAAAACCAAUCAGCGUGCAGAAAAAAGAGAAGCCGAGCAUAGAGGACCUGGAUGCUCUGCACGAGCUCUACAUGGACGAACUCACACAGCUGUUCGAGGAGCACAAGAGAAACUACGGUGUACCUGAGGACACACACCUGGUCUUCAUCUGAGCCACAGAAAGAAGAGAAAGAGAGAGAGGGAGAGAGAGAGAGGGAGAGAGAGAGGGAGAGAGAGAGGGAGAGAGAGAGUAUGAGCUGCCAUAAAGACCUAUAAGUUUGUAAGAUGUGGAUGCUGAUCUGCUGUGACGUGUGACUGUGGUCUCAGGAAUGUUGUGGAGAUUCAUCAUGUCCAGAUUCUGUAAAAUGUCCAAUCUUUUAUUUAAUAUGUACCAUUUUUAAAAAGUUUAAUUAAAACGAUUCAGUGUUA